AUGUCGACGUUGCCAAAGCUGCCAUUGGAGUUGCUUGAGCUGAAUAUAUGUCAGUAUCUGGACGUGAAGGCCAUUUUACAGCUCGGUCUCGUUAAUCGUACCUUUCAAGAUAAUAUCACACAGUGUUCAAAGCUUUGGAAAACAUUAAUGAUUUACCAUUUCGGCUACAUGAGUAAGUCACAAUUACCUCAGGUAGAAAAAAGUAUAGAUGACGACAACAAAACAAGUGAGAUCAGAUGGAGAACAGUGUUUGCUGUGGCUUGGCAAGAUUCGAUCGCGCUAACUCAAAGUACACUUCGUGAAAUCGAUGUGCUGCGAUUGUACCGUAAACAAGCUUGUAACAAUGUGUCACUACUGCUUCAACCUAAAGAGGCUUGGAUUCGACAGGAAGUUAUACUUAUGGAAGGACUACGACGAAUUCCAAAAAGUAAAAAACUGAUCCAGCUGUACGCUGAAGUAAUUCGACAGGCUCAGCUCGUUGCUCGUAUCGGUGGUGCUGGCACUGAAUGGACUUUGCACGGAAAAUUUGUAUAA